UUCAGCCGGCGCUGCCAGAUCAAGAGAUAAAUGCGUUUUCUGGUAUUUUCCAGUAUUCCUUAUCGGGGCCCCUUGCGCGUUCCACAAUGCCCAGCCGUUCCGCUGCGCCCUGCACUACAGGCCACCGAGUUCCGAUUCCGGCCGUUGCGCUCUCAGAUUUCCACAGACACGACCCACGUCCAAUUGUGAGUUUUCGCUGCGCCGUGAAUCGCACUAAAGAGCAGGAAAAUAGUUAAUUUCCAACAGUUAAAUUGGAGACCCAAAAAAAACAACGCCAAAAUGAUCGCCGCUGCAUUGGGUCAUCUGUAGAGUCGUCAUUGCAACAGCACCACCACCGCCACCACCACCAUAAAAUGCAUCCCAUGCAUCCCGAAAACCACGCCAUCGCCCGGAGCACGAGCACCACUAACAAACCAUCUCGCAGCCGGAGCAGCAGGAUGUGGCUCCUGCCCGCCUGGCUGCUCCUCAUUCUGCUGGCCAGCACUGGCCUGCCAGCAGCCAGAGGCCAGUAUCAAUCGCCGCGCAUCAUCGAGCAUCCCACGGAUCUGGUCGUCAAGAAGAAUGAGCCCGCCACGCUCAACUGCAAAGUGGAGGGCAAGCCGGAACCCACCAUCGAGUGGUUUAAGGAUGGCGAACCCGUCAACACCAACGAAAAGAAAUCGCACCGCGUCCAGUUCAAGGACGGCGCCCUCUUCUUCUACAGGACAAUGCAGGGCAAGAAGGAGCAGGACGGCGGCGAGUACUGGUGCGUGGCCAAGAACCGAGUGGGCCAGGCCGUUAGUCGUCAUGCCUCGCUCCAGAUAGCUGUUUUGCGCGACGAUUUUCGCGUGGAGCCCAAAGACACGCGAGUGGCCAAAGGCGAGACGGCGCUGCUGGAGUGUGGGCCGCCCAAAGGCAUUCCAGAGCCAACGCUCAUUUGGAUAAAGGACGGCGUUCCCUUGGACGACCUGAAAGCCAUGUCGUUUGGCGCCAGCUCCCGCGUUCGCAUUGUGGAUGGUGGCAACCUGCUGAUCAGCAAUGUGGAGCCCAUCGAUGAGGGCAACUACAAGUGCAUUGCCCAGAAUCUGGUGGGCACCCGCGAGAGCAGCUAUGCCAAGCUGAUUGUCCAGGUCAAGCCCUACUUCAUGAAGGAGCCCAAGGAUCAGGUGAUGCUCUACGGCCAGACGGCCACUUUCCACUGCUCGGUGGGCGGUGAUCCGCCGCCGAAAGUGCUGUGGAAAAAGGAGGAGGGCAAUAUUCCAGUGUCCAGAGCGCGUAUCCUUCACGACGAGAAAAGCCUGGAGAUAUCCAACAUCACGCCCACCGAUGAGGGCACCUACGUCUGCGAGGCACACAACAAUGUGGGUCAGAUCAGCGCCAGAGCUGCCCUAACAGUCCACGCUCCGCCCAACUUUACGAAAAGACCCAGUAACAAGAAAGUGGGACUAAAUGGCGUUGUGCAACUGCCUUGCAUGGCCUCCGGAAAUCCGCCGCCGUCGGUUUUUUGGACCAAGGAAGGAGUAUCGACACUCAUGUUCCCAAACAGCUCGCACGGCAGGCAGCAUGUGGCCGCCGAUGGAACCCUACAGAUUACGGAUGUGCGGCAAGAAGACGAGGGCUACUAUGUGUGUUCCGCCUUCAGUGUCGUCGACUCCUCCACGGUUCGUGUGUUCCUGCAAGUCAGCUCGGUGGACGAGCGUCCUCCUCCGAUCAUUCAAAUAGGUCCUGCCAAUCAGACACUGCCCAAAGGAUCAGUGGCAACAUUGCCCUGCCGCGCCACUGGGAAUCCCAGUCCCCGUAUCAAGUGGUUCCACAAUGGACAUGCCGUACAAGCGGGCAAUCGAAACAGCAUCAUCCAAGGCAGCUCACUGAGAGUCGAUGACCUUCAACUUAGUGACUCUGGUACCUACACCUGCACUGCAUCCGGCGAACGAGGAGAAACCUCCUGGACAGCCACACUGACGGUCGAGAAACCAGGUUCUACGUCUCUUCACCGGGCUGCUGAUCCUAGCACUUAUCCAGCUCCUCCAGGAACACCCAAAGUCCUGAAUGUCAGCCGCACCAGCAUCAGUCUGCGUUGGGCCAAAAGCCAAGAGAAACCCGGAGCUGUGGGCCCCAUUAUUGGAUACACUGUAGAGUACUUCAGUCCGGAUCUGCAAACUGGUUGGAUUGCGGCUGCCCAUCGAGUGGGCGACACUCAAGUCACUAUUACGGAGCUCACUCCUGGCACCUCGUAUGUGUUCCUGGUUAGAGCUGAGAAUACUCAGGGCAUUUCGGUGCCCUCCGGCUUAUCAAAUGCUAUUAAAACCAUUGAAGCGGAUUUCGAUGCAGCUUCUGCCAAUGAUUUGUCAGCCGCUCGAACUUUGCUGACUGGAAAGUCUGUGGAGCUAAUAGAUGCAUCGGCUAUUAAUGCUAGUGCCGUGAGACUUGAGUGGAUGCUCCAUGUGAGCGCAGAUGAGAAAUACGUAGAGGGCCUGCGCAUACACUAUAAGGAUGCCAGUGUGGGAUCCGCACAGUAUCACUCGAUCACUGUUAUGGAUGUCUCUGCAGAAUCGUUCGUGGUGGGAAACCUUAAGAAGUACACCAAGUAUGAGUUCUUCCUAACACCGUUCUUUGAGACCAUCGAGGGACAGCCCAGUAACUCCAAGACAGCCCUCACCUAUGAAGAUGUUCCCUCCGCACCACCGGAUAACAUUCAGAUUGGCAUGUACAACCAAACCGCCGGUUGGGUGCGUUGGACUCCGCCACCCUCACAGCACCACAAUGGCAAUUUGUAUGGCUACAAGAUUGAGGUCAGCGCCGGGAACACCAUGAAGGUGCUGGCCAAUAUGACGCUCAAUGCCACCACCACAUCUGUGCUCCUCAACAACCUAACCACCGGAGCUGUCUACAGUGUAAGGUUGAACUCCUUUACCAAGGCGGGCGAUGGGCCUUAUUCCAAACCGAUAUCAUUAUUCAUGGACCCCACCCACCAUGUCCAUCCGCCACGUGCACAUCCGAGCGGCACCCACGAUGGGCGUCAUGAGGGACAGGAUCUCACGUACCACAACAAUGGCAACAUUCCGCCCAGCGACAUUAACCCCACCACUCACAGAAAAACCACUGACUACCUGUCUGGACCCUGGCUAAUGGUGCUAGUCUGCAUCGUACUCCUAGUCCUGGUUAUUUCGGCGGCCAUUUCGAUGGUCUACUUCAAGCGGAAGCAUCAAAUGACCAAGGAACUGGGUCACUUGAGUGUGGUCAGUGACAACGAAAUAACCGCGUUGAAUAUCAAUAGCAAAGAGAGCCUGUGGAUAGACCAUCAUCGUGGCUGGCGAACAGCGGAUACGGACAAAGAUUCGGGACUGAGCGAAUCAAAGCUACUGUCCCACGUGAACAGCAGCCAAUCCAACUACAAUAACUCCGAUGGCGGAACCGAUUAUGCAGAAGUGGACACCCGUAACCUCACCACCUUCUACAACUGUCGCAAGAGCCCCGAUAACCCCACGCCAUAUGCCACCACCAUGAUCAUUGGCACCUCCUCCAGUGAGACUUGUACCAAGACAACGUCUAUAAGCGCCGACAAGGACUCGGGCACUCAUUCGCCCUAUUCCGAUGCAUUUGCCGGUCAGGCGCCAGCAGUUCCUGUGGUCAAGUCCAACUAUCUUCAGUAUCCGGUUGAGCCCAUCAACUGGUCAGAGUUCCUACCCCCGCCGCCAGAACACCCGCCUCCGUCGUCUACCUAUGGAUACGCACAAGGAUCUCCCGAAUCCUCGCGGAAGAGCUCCAAGAGCGCAGGAUCGGGCAUAUCUACCAAUCAAAGCAGCAUUCUGAACGCCUCCAUACACAGCAGCUCGUCGGGCGGCUUUUCCGCUUGGGGAGUUUCGCCCCAGUAUGCUGUCGCCUGUCCCCCGGAAAACGUUUAUAGCAAUCCACUGUCGGCGGUGGCUGGCGGCACCCAGAACCGCUAUCAGAUAACGCCGACCAACCAACAUCCGCCACAAUUGCCGGCCUACUUUGCCACCACGGGCCCGGGAGGAGCUGUGCCACCCAACCACCUGCCAUUUGCCACACAGCGUCAUGCAGCCAGCGAGUACCAGACUGGACUAAAUGCGACGCGCUGUGCCCAGAGCCGCGCGUGCAACAGCUGCGAUGCCUUGGCCACACCCUCGCCCAUGCAACCCCCGCCGCCAGUGCCCGUGCCCGUACCCGAGGGCUGGUACCAGCCGGUGCAUCCCAACAGCCACCCGAUGCACCCGACCUCCUCCAACCACCAGAUCUACCAGUGCUCCUCCGAGUGCUCGGAUCACUCGAGGAGCUCGCAGAGUCACAAGCGGCAGCUGCAGCUCGAGGAGCACGGCAGCAGUGCCAAGCAACGCGGAGGACACCACCGUCGACGAGCACCGGCGGUGCAGCCGUGCCUGGAGAGCGAGAACGAGAACAUGCUGGCGGAGUACGAGCAGCGCCAGUACACCAGCGACUGCUGCAAUAGUUCACGCGAGGGCGACACCUGCUCCUGCAGCGAGGGAUCCUGUCUGUACGCCGAGGCGGGCGAACCAGGACCUCGCCAAAUGACUGCUAAGAACACCUAAGGAUGAAGUAUUUGGGACUCCCCAUACAGGGGGGGUGGAUUAGUAUUAAAGAUAGCAUCUAGUCGUAA